CUCACCUCCUCUUCUCUCUGUCACCGCGCUCCACAGACCGAGGUGGGUCUUUUUUACGCCCUCUGUCUCGUCUUCUUUCGUUCUCGACUCCCGGGACGCAAUGAGGUUAACAGCACUUUGGCUUCGCGGGACCCUGCUGGCUCUCACCAGCCUUUCUUGGACAGCGACAGACUCCGGUGCGGGAGACACGCUGGGGGAUGAGACGCUCGGGCCCUGCGCUGCAACGCUGAGACGCCAGGAAACAUGCAGAGAGGCCCGGGAUGAGCAGCCGUGCCCCUACCUGUUCAGUCUGCCGCCGCUGACCGUGCAUUUACCGAAGCAGCUGAGGGAGCUGGAGGAGAUCAUGAAGGAUCUGCAAACGCUGAAGGACAGCGUGGAUGAGCUGAGGAAGAUGUGUGCCGACUGUACAGUAAGCCAAAGUGGGAGAGAGUGUGGAGGACAGCGUGAGAAACUGAAUGAGGACACAGUUAGACAUGAGGACGGGAACAAGUGGAUGGAUGAGAGGGAUCCUGGGGAACGAGACAACUGUGAAACAGACAGGGCUAAAGGGGAAAGGACUGUGGAAAGGGACGGCGGAAACAGAAUAAUUCUCGACGAGGAAGAGAGGAAGCAACGGGGCUCCGAAAAGCAGGGCGACAAAAGCGCCAUGAGAGAAAGUGAGAAAGAAGAUCUGUUAAAAGAGAAGACAGGAAAAGAUGUAAGAAAUCAGACAGAGGGGGCAAAGGCACCGGACAAACCAAGGCAGGGAAAGGUACCGACAUCUGGUGGAAAAGACAGAACAGUAGAGAUGCCAAGAGAAAACAAUAACAGGGACGAAGAGGAAGACAGCAAUAAAGAACCAAAUGCGAAGAUGGGUUCAAAAGGAGAACCAGAGGAUAAGUUGGACGAUAGACGAGGAAAAAAGACGACCAUUAACGUGAAAAAUACAAAUAAAACACCAGAAGGUAACUAUGACGUCAGGCAAGAAGAAACAGAGAAAGUCCCUAAGUCCCUAAGAAAAGAAAACAGGGGCCAUGAUGGGAUAAAGAUGUCUGAGGAGCAUGAUGCCCAUACAAAUAAGGAGCAAAAACAGCACAGUGGAGAGAACAAAGGCGAGAGCCGUAUUAAAGCGGAGCUAAAUAAUGAGAAACCAAAACAGAGUGAAAACACUGGAAGCACUAAAGAGGAGAGGACUAUAAAAGAGGGGGAAGCAGAGGAGGUGGACAGCGGGAUCAAAAGAGAGGGAGAGAAAAGGGUCCAGGGAGAGCAGAGAGACGCUGAUGGAGUCUCAGCAUCCAGCGAAGCGACGCCGAGAGCAGACUUUGUUUCCAUCAGCCCGGCUCCUCGCUCGGCCAUUGGAUCAGGGGCGAGUUACGACUCCUUGGACCCGAGCGGAGCUACGGCCGCUACGUCAUCCCUUCCACCUCCGCACUCGCCCAGUCCCGCCUCACAUUCGAUCGCCGAUGCCAAUCGGCAGACGAUAACAGCUGCUUAUGAACCACCAACCCGAAGCACCGGAGCAGCUGGCGCCGAUGAAAGGCCCGAGCGUCCACCGACGGCAGACGCAGUAAACACGCUGGAUGAACCCAGUGACGCUAUUAAGGGUCCUGUUAACCCAGCUCCGACCAAAACUACUUCCAGUCGCUUCAUCGGUUCAUACACAACGGCAGCUCCAGCAGUGAUGGGCCGCAGCUCAAACACUAAGGUGGGACUGAAACCUCUACCAGGCCGAGCACCGACGCCUGAUAAAAGGCACAAACCUGCAGUUAAGACUAAAACAGACCAAGGGCCGAAAAAUACGCAAACUCACCAGAAACCUGAUGGAGCUCGAGUGCCUGACACAAAACCCGUGCAAAAGCAGAAGCCUUCUCACCAGCAACCCACAACAGGCCUGAAGCCCAAGCCAAAACCUGGCAAGGACCCUAAAACGAUCUACAUUUCAAAACCCGAUCAAAGACCUUUGCUGGAUAAUUCAACUACUGAUCGAAAUCUGACAAAGACUCCGAUACGUAAACCGGGCCAAGCCGGUACAUUCAAUAAAAACAGGUUUCCUGACGCAAAGCCAGACUCUGAUCUGAAGCCCGUCCCUCCGGUCCGAAGCCUGACGCCUUCAGUAAAUGUAGCAGCCACGCCUGAGAAAGAUCCUUCAACUGACCGACAGCCUGAAUCUGAUCAAAUCGCAUUCACUAAUCACAGCUCCACACCUGGCAAAAAGCUGCAUCACCCUCCUGAGACCAACAAGCCGGACCAGAACCAAACACCUGGGAGAAAAGCAUUAGGCGAUGAAAAAAGCCAACCUGAUCAUAGAGAUGAACAGAAGCAAAGUCUCCCGAAUGUUGGAGAGUCUGAAUCUGAAAGAAGAGAGACAACACAGCUCACAACAGAGUCUGAGCCAAACCAGAAUGAGAAACCUUCAUCGGUGCCUGAGUCCAAACCAACAUCUCUACCUGGACAGAAGCUGAGACCUGCACUUACUAUCACAUCUCCCGAUCAAACGCCUCCAACCGGCCAGAAGAUUCCUAUGAAUAAUCAGAAGCCAAAACCUGGCCGGACGCCUACAUUCAACCAAAAACAUCCAGGACCUGUGACGAAUCAAAGGCCGAAACCCAAACCUGGCAACCCACCGCAAACCGAUCCCGGGAUUAAAACACCUCCAUCUGAUCGUAGCCCAAAAACUGUGCCUGGUGAAGUCCCUGAAGCUGAAUCCAGCAAACCAGUCAGACCAAGGCCUCCCCCCAGACCCAGACCUCCAACCACACCUGACCUAAAGCCAGGAGCAACACGCCUUCAAAGACCAAAACCAGCGGUGCGACCAAAGCCCAGUCCAAAAACCAAAGGAGAGAGUCCCAGCAGCGUGACCGCUCCAAACAUCCACCGCACCGCUCACACUGACCCCUCACAUACAUCUGGACAACACACCGACGGUGUGACUCAUUACUCGCAGAACCCAGAGCUCACCCGCAGGGUGACCAGAACCACCACUGUGGCUCCGAAGGACUUCAUCACCGAGGACACCAGAGCCCCCGCCGGCUCCCACCCUGCAGCCGAGAGCCUCCCAGUGAGCCCAAACAGCAGAACUCCAUCCGAUACGAGGCCGCCGGCAGCUGCUCAACCACCGCCCAUGCCAGCGACAACAAGCCCAGAACACGUCGUCUCUGGCACAAGCCCAAGGUCCACAAAGCGAAAUCUGUCUCCUAACGCCGACUCCAGCUCACAACCCACGAUUCCUCACAACGCGGAGGCCUCGCCAGAACCAGACGACGCGCUGUCACCCGUCCUUCUUCCCAGCUCCCACACGACCCCCACAGUGAACCCUGACCUGGCGUCGGCCACCUCCGGGCGGAGCGGCCCCAGGCUCCCGGACGCCGAGGCCUCCACUCCCAGCGCACGUGAGCUACGAGUGAAAAUCAACCAGGUGGCUGCCUUGCUCAACGGCAGCCUGAGUCAGUAUGAGAGGCCGCUGGACCGGGGGCCUAAAAAGCCCCUGGAGGACGAGCGGGGAGGCAGGAGGCCUGACGGUGGACCACCACUCACAUCGCCUCAAGCUCCAGCCUCGAUGAGAGACUGCUCAGACCAUCUGCUCCAGGGAGCGAGGAGGAGCGGCGUGUACCUGGUGACCCCUGACCCCAGCGGCACCAGCUUCCGCGUGCUCUGCGACAUGGAGCUGGCUGGUGGGGGGUGGACUCUCGUCCAGCGCCGGCACGACGGCAGCGUGAGCUUCAACCGCACCUGGGCCGAGUACCGCUCCGGGUUCGGGGACCUGGGCGGGGGGGAGUUCUGGCUGGGCAACCACCCGAUCCACCUGCUCACCCGGGACCGGGACACGGUGCUGCGCGUGGAGCUGCGGGACUUCGACGGCCUGAGCAAGUUUGCGCAGUACGAGCAGUUCAGGGUGGCGAGCGAGCGGCUGCGCUACAGGCUGACGGUGGGCGGCUACUCGGGCACCGCGGGCGACGCCCUGCGCUUCAGCAGGACGUACGAUCACAACCACCGGGCGUUCACCACCCCGGACAAGGACCACGACCGCUACCCGUCCGGGAACUGCGGGGCCUACUACAGCUCCGGCUGGUGGUUCGACGCCUGCAUGGCUGCGAACCUCAAUGGGAGGUACUACGUGAAGAGGUACAAGGGGAUCCGGGACGGGAUUUUCUGGGGCACGUGGCACAACAUGUCGACAGAGUACUACCCCACAAAUUACAGGCAGUCUUUUAAGUCUGUCAGAAUGAUGAUCCGACCUAAAGGCUUUGCGCCGUGAGCUCUGACUGACAGAGAGGGUGGAACUACUAACCUCAACAAUAAGCUCCAAAGAUGCUCAUUACAACGUUUUGCAAAGUCACUUACUGGUCCCACUUUUAUUCUACGUCAGUAACACAGUGCUGCCCCCUGGCGGCGGAAUGAUGUUCUGUUCACAGGUUAACAUUACAAUAAAUAACGAUGUAAAUAGUCUUUUAACAUUAUAAUCCUAAUUGCAUUGUAUCUUUUUCAUAACCUUUUAUUACAAUCGAGUGGAUGUUGUUUAAUCACAACACGUGUAAAUAGCUGUUUUAGACUCAGACUGAGUCUGAUUGUGUCAGUGACAGAAACGGACCUGUUUUGUUGCAGUACUGGAAGAAAUCCGUCAAAGCUGAGUUUGUCAUGUGAGGAGAAAUAAAAUGAAUUUACAUAAACAAAAA